GUGUCUGAGGGAGAGAGAGCGAGAGCGAGUGAGUGUGAGUGCGGGCUAGGGUGGUGGCCGUUACGUUCGGGGCAACGGCUACGGUAGUGGAGAAGCAAGAAGAGAAACAACGUCCGGCGCUUCCGCCUUCGCUUAGGAGGAGGAGGAGCUGGUAGGGAAAGGAAAGUGAUUCGCCCUGGGCCUGGACUAGACCGAGUCGGGCCGGCGGGGGUUUGGCUAUGAGCCUUUGAGGGUCGCUUGGGACGCGGAGCGAGACUCGGGAGCCGAGAGCUAUGUCUCAGCCGCCGCCGCCGCCUCCGCUGCCGCCGCCGCCUCCUCCCCCAGAGGCUCCGCAGACUCCGCCGUCUCUGGCGGCGACGGCGGCGGCUGCUCCGGGAGUGCUCUCGAAGCGGAGAGACCGGAGAAUCCUCUCCGGGAGCUGCCCGGAUCCGAAGUGCCAGGCGCGUCUGUUCUUCCCGGCCUCCGGUUCUGUCAGCAUCGAGUGUACCGAGUGCGGACAGCGGCACGAGCAGCAACAGCUGCUGGGGGUGGAGGAGGUGACCGACCCGGACGUAGUGCUGCACAACCUGCUGCGGAACGCGCUGCUCGGGGUGACAGGGGCACCCAAGAAGAACACGGAAUUGGUAAAGGUGAUGGGCCUUUCCAACUACCACUGCAAGUUGCUGUCGCCCAUCUUAGCUCGCUACGGAAUGGACAAGCAGACAGGCCGGGCUAAGCUUCUCCGGGACAUGAACCAGGGCGAGCUGUUCGAUUGCGCUUUACUGGGGGACCGCGCCUUCCUCAUCGAACCAGAGCAUGUGAACACGGUGGGCUAUGGCAAGGACCGCUCCGGAAGCCUCCUGUAUUUGCAUGACACGCUUGAGGACAUCAAGCGGGCCAAUAAGAGUCAGGAAUGCCUCAUUCCAGUGCAUGUGGACGGGGAUGGACACUGCCUGGUGCAUGCUGUGUCCCGGGCUCUAGUAGGCCGGGAGCUCUUCUGGCAUGCCUUGAGAGAGAAUCUUAAACAGCACUUUCAGCAGCACCUGGCCCGAUAUCAAGCCCUGUUCCAUGACUUCAUUGAUGCCGCUGAGUGGGAGGACAUUAUCAAUGAGUGUGACCCUCUGUUUGUACCACCUGAGGGUGUUCCCUUGGGCCUGAGGAACAUCCACAUAUUUGGGCUUGCCAAUGUGCUGCAUCGCCCGAUUAUUCUGUUAGAUUCACUCAGUGGCAUGCGAAGCUCUGGUGAUUAUUCAGCCACCUUUCUGCCAGGCCUUAUCCCUGCAGAGAAGUGCACUGGGAGAGAUGGUCAUUUGAACAAACCCAUCUGUAUUGCCUGGAGUAGCUCUGGUAGAAACCAUUAUAUCCCCUUGGUAGGCAUAAAAGGGGCUGCUUUGCCCAAACUGCCUAUGAAUUUGCUUCCUAAAGCAUGGGGUGUGCCUCAGGACCUCAUUAAGAAGUACAUCAAACUUGAGGAGGACGGUGGUUGUGUUAUUGGAGGAGACAGAAGUUUGCAGGAUAAAUACUUACUUAGGCUUGUUGCUGCUAUGGAAGAAGUCUUUAUGGACAUACAUGGUAUCCAUCCUAGUUUGGUGGCUGAUGUCCAUCAGUAUUUCUACAGGAGGACAGGGGUGAUAGGAGUUCAGCCUGAAGAAGUCACAGCAGCUGCUAAAAAAGCAGUAAUGGAUAAUCGCCUUCACAAAUGUUUGCUCUGUGGUGCCCUUUCUGAACUUCAUGUUCCUCCAGAGUGGUUGGCUCCGGGAGGGAAACUGUAUAACCUGGCAAAAAGUACUCAUGGACAGCUGAGGCCUGACAAAAAUUAUAGCUUUCCCUUGAACAAUUUGGUUUGCUCAUAUGAUUCAGUGAAAGAUGUUCUGGUACCAGACUACGGAUUGAGUAACCUGACAGCUUGUAAUUGGUGCCAUGGCACAUCUGUGCGAAGAGUCAGAGGAGAUGGGUCUAUUGUGUAUUUGGAUGGGGACAGAACUAAUGCUAGGUCCACUGGUGGCAAAUGUGGUUGUGGAUUCAAACAUUUUUGGGAUGGUAAAGAGUAUGACAAUCUACCAGAAGCUUUUCCUAUUACUUUGGAAUGGGGUGGAAGAGUGGUCAGAGAAACAGUAUAUUGGUUCCAGUAUGAAAGUGAUGCAUCUUUGAAUAGUAAUGUUUACGAUGUUGCCAUGAAACUUGUUACCAAGCACUUUCCAGGUGAAUUUGGGAGUGAAAUCCUGGUUCAGAAAGUUGUCCACACUAUAUUGCAUCAGACUGCCAAAAAGAAUCCUGAUGAUUAUACUCCUGUAAAUAUAGAUGGUGCUCAUGCCCAAAGAGUUGGAGACGUACAAGGACAAGAGUCGGAGUCCCAGCUCCCAACUAAAAUUAUUCUUACCGGACAGAAAACAAAAACUUUGCACAAGGAGGAGUUAAACAUGAGUAAGACUGAAAGAACUAUUCAACAGAAUAUUACGGAACAGGCUUCUGUAAUGCAGAAACGAAAAACAGAGAAGUUAAAACAAGAACAAAAGGGGCAGCCCAGGACUGUUUCUCCCAGUACCGUUCGUGAUGGUCCUUCCUCUGCACCUGCCACCCCUACCAAGGCUCCCUAUUCACCAACCACUUCUAAGGAGAAGAAGAUCCGAAUAACAACUAAUGAUGGACGACAGUCCAUGGUUACACUUAAGUCUUCAACAACGUUUUUUGAACUUCAGGAAAGCAUAGCCAGAGAAUUCAACAUUCCUCCAUAUUUACAGUGUAUUCGAUAUGGCUUUCCUCCUAAAGAGUUAAUGCCACCCCAGGCAGGAAUGGAAAAGGAGCCAGUUCCUUUACAACAUGGUGACAGAAUUACAAUAGAGAUUCUAAAAAGUAAAGCCGAAGGGAGUCAGUCUGCAGCAACACACUCGGCCCACACUGUGAAACAAGAAGAGAGUGCUGUCACUGGUAAACUGUCAUCUAAGGAACUUCAGGAGCAAGCUGACAAAGAAAUGUACUCCUUGUGUCUUUUAGCAACGUUAAUGGGAGAAGAUGUAUGGUCUUAUGCAAAGGGGCUUCCUCACAUGUUCCAGCAGGGUGGCGUAUUCUACAAUAUUAUGAAGAAAACCAUGGGUAUGGCUGAUGGCAAGCAUUGCACUUUUCCACAUCUGCCUGGCAAAACCUUUGUCUAUAAUGCUUCUGAAGAUAGGCUGGAGUUGUGUGUGGAUGCUGCAGGACAUUUCCCCAUCGGUCCUGAUGUUGAAGAUUUAGUCAAAGAGGCUGUAAGUCAGGUUCGAGCAGAGGCUACGACAAGAAGUAGGGAGUCAAGUCCCUCACAUGGGUUAUUAAAACUAGGUAGUGGUGGAGUAGUGAAAAAGAAAUCCGAGCAGCUUCAUAAUGUGACUGCCUUUCAGGGAAAAGGGCAUUCUCUAGGAACUGCAUCCAGUACCCCACACCUUGAGCCAAGAGCUAGGGAAACUCCAGUUGUAAGGAAGCAGACCACAGGGACACACUUUAGUAGUUCCAUUAAAACAGAGCCUUCUGUAUUCACAGCUGCUCCUAGUAACAGUGAGCUUAUUCGAAUAGCUCCUGGAGUAGUUACAAUGAGAGACAGCAGGCAGCUUGAUCCUGAUAUGGUUGAGGCCCAGCGAAAAAAAUUGCAGGAAAUGGUUUCUUCUAUUCAGGCGUCGAUGGACAAGCACUUGCGGGAUCAAAGUACAGAGCAGUCACUGUCUGAUCUUCCUCAAAGGAACGUCGAAGUUGUGAGUCCUUCUGUGAAGUCUGGGAGUCUUCAGACUGGCUUACCUGAAUCUUUUUCUGUAACUGGUGGCACUGAAAAUUUGAACACGGAAACAACUGAUGGCUGUGUGGCAGAGGCACUGGGAGCAGCACUUGCUACAAGGUCAAAAGCACAAAAGGGAAAUUCCGUGGAGGAGCCUGAAGAGAUGGAUAGUCAAGAUGCUGAGAUGACAAACACAACUGAGCCAAUGGAUCACUCUUGAUUUAAUUAGAGGCUAAUAAAUGCAGAAUGUUUAUUGUGAACAUGUAAUAUUUGUUGGCUGGGCCACAUAACUUGAUUAGUCAUUAAAAAUCUUGUACGUAUAUAAUUCAAAGAUUAUAUCUUGUUAUUCAGUGCAUGAUAGCAAGUGUGUGAUUGGCAAUAGCUUUUAAUAUACUGCUGCCCAGGCUGGCUCUAAAUUCCUAUAAAUUAGUUAUUAGAUCCGCUGAAAUGACUUUCUUCCAUAUAUGUGGUUCACUGUAAUUUUAAUUCCAUGAAAGUCUUAAUGUUUAAAACAUGAAAAUUCUCUUGCUACUUAUGUUUGAUUUCUGAAAAGGCUAGGGCUGGGGGGAAAUAAGAUUUUGCUAAUGUUGAUGUCAUCAGGGUAACCAUUCCACAUAUUUAUUAGCGUGUCAAAGGAUUUAUGUAAAUUUGAAGGUUAUCUGAAGUAAAUUGUAUCUUGAAAUUCAUAAAAGGAUAUAUUAGACACUGGGAUCCUGACACUUUUGUGAACAUGAACACAUUCAUAGAGAUAUAUAUUCUUGGUGAAACUAUCUUGAGAAUGUAGUGUAAUGAUAUAACAUUUUGCUGAUUUGAGCAAGGUUGGGGAAGAUAACUAUUCUAGAAUGAUAAAGUCAAUGUGAUUCAGUAAUGUUGCUGUCUGAGCCAACACAGCCAAGUGUGUGCUCUGUUGUUGAUAAUAUGUUACCAUUAUUUUGAAUCCUGGCCUGGUCAAGUACUACCAAAUUUUUGUCCUUUAAUCUUGCAGAAAAGUUGAUUGCAAUGUGUGGUAGAAAAUAAUAAAAAUAAUGGUAGCAGUAGUUAAUCUCUAAUUUUCAGAGUUUGUCAGAUUCACAGAGCAUUUAUAAAUAAGAAUUUAUCUUUAUGAAUGAGUUACAUUGUUCUACAAUUUCGAUCAAUGGUAUUUAAGCUUGUAUAUGCUAAAUGUAUUUGAGCCCCUUUGAACCAAAAAUGUUUCCCUUUUUUCUUAGAAUCCAUAAGAUUUUCUUCAUUUGUUGGCUUCACUUGGAUUUGGAUGCAAAUUUGACUGCGUCAUACCCUGAUCAACCAGGCAUUUGCUUAAAUAGUGUAUUCAUCAAAUCUUUAGUGCCAGUUUCCUCAAGAAGCAGCUUUCACGUUUACUCCUUAAAGAAUGUUUAUCCUGAGACUGGUAUUGCACUAUUUUAUCCUAUUCUGCAAAUCUGUAUUCUGAAAUGUACACGUUAAUCCAUCUUUUUCCUCUGUUCACUGAAAUUAAGUUGAAUUUGAAUGGAUGAAAGACAAAAUGUAUGUUAAUACAAUCUCUUAUCUAGAGCAUUUAAAGCCUGGCUCUCUCUGUUUGCUCGUGUUAACAGAUGCAGAACCGUUUGCAUUUCAAGAAAAUGUACAUCAGAAAUUAUAUUAUCAGGUGUUUUAAAAUGUCAACCUGUUGAUUCAUAAGGAAUAUAGACAGAACUUUAACUUGUGUUUCCAAAUAAGGGAGUUUUUGGUUUCUUUCUAUGAAAGUAUCUCUGAUGAAUUCACUUAUUAAGUUAACUACUUUAUUUUGAAUAGGGAAAGAAUGGAGACUCUAGAUAUUUUGCAGGUGAUAUCUGAGCAAGAUACAUAUUUGGGUUAGUUUUAUCACAUUAUCACAUUUUUAAAACCAUAUUGUCUCCAUUCUUCUUCUAAAUUUACUUUCAGAUACCUCUCUCUAUGUCUAUAAAUAUAAGGAAAUUUUAGAACUUUUAUAUUGUGUACUAGUUUUGCAUAAAGAACUGCAGCUACCAAAUAAUAUUUCCCAUUUGGUUAGUACAGGUGACUUCUGUGUGUUAAAUUAAAAAUUACAAAUAUCA